AUGACGAUUGGUUCCCUUCCCUUUCUUAUCCUCAACUAUGGAGCUGAGUUGAUUUUCAUCCUUCACACACGUCUUAUUGCGCAGAAGGUAAAUAGUGAGGCAGCACGAAUUGUAAUGAAUGAUGUUGUAGGGCACAUGUUCAGUUCAGAGUUUAUAGAUGAACUUCUCCGCCCACAGCCCCUUCACUCAUUAGCAGAAACGAAGGAAGUAUUCAUCUCACUUACACAGACAUCUGUAAUGCGACUCUCAGCAGUGUCUAUGAAGAAACUUUUUGAUCUCAUGACAACAGGAGUGAAAUAUCAGUUAUUCACACUACGUCAUCCACUGGAGUUAUUAGAACUUACGUGGACACACUUAGAAGAGGUACAACGAAUUAUUACACCAGAAUCUCAAAUGUAUGUAAGGCCAGUACUUGUACGCCUUAAACAUCUCUGUUCUAAUCUUAAUAUUGGUGAUUUAGCAGAGAUUCGAAAAGAAUUAUUAAAUUUCUUUGUUGGUCGCAGUGUUCCUGUAUCUGUGUUACUGGAUGAUGGACUCCAAACAUCCUCCGGUUCUUUUUUUCUUCCAGAAGAUCGUUUUCUCCCCCCACUCGCCGUCUGUGAACCCCCAGGAACUAUUCGUUAUUUUAAUAAUGGGACUCUCAUCUCCUCUGAAGUCUUCACACAUCACCGCGAUGCCAAUCUUCGCUAUCCGUUAACAAUUCCUCCAGGCACGUGGGAUCCAAUGAAUCCAGUGACUCGAGUAUCCAAGAAUGGGAUGAAUAUGUAUACAGCAUACCGUGGGUCCCCAGAUAAUCAAUCCACUAAUCAACCUCCAUCAUCAUCAUCUAAUCAAUCAGAGAGGAUGAAUGCCGUGACAGGGGAAUUAAACUAUUUAUCGCAGCUUAUAAGAGGUAAUCAAAAAACUACACAAGAGACAUUUAAAUUAAGUCUUUUUGAUGAUGGGGAUGAGGAUGAUUAUGAUGAUGAUAAUAAUGGUAAUGAGAAGGAUGGGAAAAAUACGAAACAUAUGGCUCUUGAUGAUGGAGUUAAACCAAAAGGAGAGUCUAUUCAUACAUCUGCAGCCUUUUCAAAUCAUACAAAGAAGGAAGAGACACAAACAGAUAAUACAGAUCUUAUGCGUAUUGUAGAAGGAUUUCGUAUAGAUAAGACAGUGGCGAAGCCAACUGGGGGAAACUCUGAUCUUCUAGAUAUUAUGGAUGAAGACUGA